UUAAGUUUCUGCAUCGUUUUGUCUAGCCAUAAAACCCAACCUCACUAGCCCAAAUUUCAGAGUAGCUUGCUUGCUUGCUUCAUCAUCAUCAUCAUCAUCUUCUUCUUCCAUGCAUUCACAAUCUCAAGCCAUGUUCUUCACUCUGAGAAGCUCAUCACCAACCUUCAUCCUCUUGCUAUCUCUGACACUUUCUCUUUCUUUAUCCUCUGCAAUCCCACACUUCACAUCUUGCUUGACCCACCAUAACAUCAACAACUUCACCAGAUUCACUGACCAAUCCUUUAUACACAGUAAUGACUACUUCAGAAUCCUCAACUUCUCCAUCCAGAACCUUCGCUUUGCACAGCCCGACAUCCCAAAGCCUAUAGCCAUUGUUCUGCCAGAGAGCUUGGAGCAGCUGAGGAACAGUGUGGUGUGCAGCAGAGAAUCCUCUGUAGACAUCAGAGUGAGAUGUGGCGGACAUAGCUAUGAAGGGACAUCCUCUGUGGCCAAUGGUGGAGCUCCAUUUGUCAUCAUUGACCUCAUGAACCUAAACCAUGUUCAUGUGGACAUGGAGGCUGAGAUGGCAUGGGUUGAAGGUGGGGCCACCCUGGGAGAGACCUACUAUGAAAUCUCUCGAGCCAGCAAGGCCCACGGGUUUUCAGCUGGGUCAUGCCCGACCGUGGGAGUAGGUGGGCAUAUUGGGGGAGGUGGGUUUGGGCUUUUAUCAAGAAAAUAUGGCCUUGCAGCAGAUAAUGUAGUGGAUGCACUUCUCAUAGAUGCAGAUGGGAAUUUACUUAACAGACAAGAAAUGGGAGAAGAUGUGUUUUGGGCUAUCAGAGGAGGUGGGGGUGGUGUUUGGGGGAUUAUAUAUGCCUGGAAAAUCAAAUUACUAAAAGUGCCAGAAGUUGUAACUAGUUUCAUAGUCUCAAGAACAGGCACAAAAGAUCAAGUUCUGAAGCUAGUUAACAAAUGGCAAUAUGUAGCACCAAAUUUGGAAAAUGACUAUUACUUGUCUUGCUUUGUUGGUGCAGGCUUGCCUGAAGCUAAAACUGCAGGCUUAUCUGCAACUUUUAAAGGGUUCUAUCUAGGUCCUAAGGACAAUGCUAGAUCUGUCAUAAACCAGGUUUUUCCUGAACUCCGCAUUAAGGAAGAAGAUUGCAAAGAAAUGACUUGGAUUGAAUCCGUAGUUUUUUUCUCUGGCCUAACAAAUGGAGCCAUAGUGUCAGACCUGAAGAACAGGUAUCUGCAAGAAAAGGAAUAUUUCAAAGCCAAAUCAGAUUUUGUUAAAAGUCCUAUUCCUCUGGUUGGGAUAGAAACUGCUUUAAACAUACUUGAGAAAGAGCCAAAAGGGUAUGUCAUUUUGGACCCUUAUGGAGGAAUGAUGCACAAUAUAAGCAGUGAAGCCAUAGCUUUUCCUCACAGAAAAGGCAAUCUCUUCACCAUCCAGUACCUGAUAUAUUGGAAAGAAGCAGAUAAUGACAGAAGUAGUGAAUAUACUGAGUGGAUAAGAGAGUUCUAUGAUUCAAUGACUUCAUUUGUUUCAUGCGUUCCAAGAGCUGCAUAUAUCAAUUACAUGGACUUUGACCUUGGAGUAAUGGUGGAACCCAUUAAUACAAAAGAAGCAGAGGAACAAGCCAGAGUUUGGGGUGAAAGCUACUUCUUGAGAAAUUAUGACAGACUGGUUAAAGCCAAGACUCUGAUUGAUCCCAACAAUGUUUUCACUAAUCAACAAGGCAUUCCUCCAUCGUCGUCUUCUUCCAUUAGUUCAAUGUGAUGCUAGAUUUGUGUAAGAGGAGUUUGUGGUGUUCAUAUUAAUUUCAGUUUAAUAUUCUCUCUGAAUCUGUGCACUUAAAAGUAUGAGUCUGCAAUACAUGUGUUAGGAAACAUACCGAAGUCUCACAUUCAAUCAUAGCAUGUAAACUAUAAAUACAUUGUAAAAGGUUUGCAAGC